AUGGCAUCGAAGAGUAUUGUGUCCGUUGUUCUGGUCAUAGCAUUCAACCUUUUAUUAUGUGUCGUGGUUAGUGGCUGUGAAACGUCCGACAUACCAGAACCCACCCUCAAUCCAAAUCAAAAACCAAACCCAAACCCAAGCAGCAACCCCAACCCCAAUCCCUACUCCAACCCAUCCCUAACACUAACCAAAACCCCAACCCCAACACCAACACGAACCACACCCCCAACCCCAACCCGAACAGGGUACCAAACACAACCCCAAAUACAGAAACCUGCCCUAGAGACGCCUUGA